AUUAAAAUAGAGGGGACUAUUUAUUAAUAGUAGUAGCCCAUUUUAAAUAGUACUAAGUGGGGUCAUUUCAAACAGAACCCAAAAACGUGAAGAAUGUGACCCUCACUUUCCCAUCUAUAAAUAUGUGCAAAUUGCAGUUAAUGUGUGGUGUUGAGAAUUCAGACAAAAAAUACACAGGUCAUAACUUUUAAAUUUCAAGUUUACAGAUAAGGAGUGAUGAUGAUGUCUAACUCCACCGACGGCUGCAUGAAUAAACGAUGGUCUCUCAUUGGCAUGACUGCUCUUGUUACUGGUGGUUCUAAAGGCCUUGGGCAUGCAAUUGUUGAAGAACUAUGUAGAUUAGGAGCCAAAGUUCAUACAUGCGCUAGAAAUGAGUCUGAACUCAAAGCUUGCAAAGAUAAUUGGGAUAAAAAAGGUUUUCAAGUUAGUUCAUCUAUUUGUGAUGUAUCUUCUCGUGUUGAACGAGAAAAAUUAAUGGAACUCGCCUCCUCUAAGUUCCAAGGAAAGCUUAAUAUCCUGGUGAACAACGUAGGAACCGCCAUCAUAAAGCCCACAGAGAAGGUCACAGCUGAAGAUUAUGCAAUUGUUAUGAGCACCAACCUUGAGUCAACUUACCAUUUAAGCCAACUUGCACAUCCUCUUCUCAAAGCAUCUGGGUUUGGUAGUAUUAUCUUUAUGUCUUCUGUUGCUGGUGUUGUUGCUGUCAAUGUUGGCUCUCUAUAUAGCACUACAAAAGGUGCAAUGAAUCAAUUAGCAAAAAAUUUGGCAUGUGAAUGGGCAAAGGAUAAUAUUAGAAUCAAUUCUGUUGCACCUUGGUUCAUCAAAACCCCUCUUACUGAAAAGGUUCUUAGUGACCCAGAAUAUCUAGAAGCUGUAGAAGAAAGAACUCCACUUGGAAGAACCGGAGAAAUGGAUGAGGUUUCUAGUUUAGUUGCCUUUCUAUGUAUGCCUGCUGCUUCUUACAUUACUGGCCAGACCAUUUGUGUUGAUGGUGGUUUCACUAUUAACGGAUUAAACUAUUGCCAAUAUCGGUAAUAGUAGAAGUUACCCCUCAAGUUUAUAAAAUAAUGUAUAUUUUUUUCUAUCUUCGAUUUGGAACAACAUAAGACAAAAAUCAAUGAGUUAAUAAAUGAAGUUUGUUGGUUUUUGGUUGUUA